UUUAUAUUAGCCCAAUGGGUUUGGGCUUGUCUAUGUGAUCAUCUUCUUCCCACAACGUACCCAUAUCGAGAGCUGAAUCGAGCACCAAUGGGUUUGACGAAUUUCGUUCUCACAGUUGCCGGUGUAAGCGCCGUCGUGCUUCUUCUAAGAAGCGACGUUAGAAAAUCAGCAUCAACAUUCAAACAAAACGUCAAACACAUUCGUCACUGGCUCGAAGAAGAAACCGCUAAUUCUGCCAAGGAAGUGAAGAAAUCCAUUCCAAAAGAAGUAGAAUCAAAGGUUCCUCCAAAAGACAAGGACUAGUGUUUCUGCUGGUAAUAGGAUGCUUAGCAUUGUAAUUUUGUUUUUCUUUAUGUUUCUCUCUCAUUGUAUUUGAACACAUACAUGUUUUUUUAUCUAAAAUAAAAUUUCCAGUGAUAUAUGUUCAUAUAAAGUAGUUUUUCUUUGGGUUUCUCUUGGUUUUUGAAAGACCCUUAUAUUCAUAUACAUUUCUAUGAAUAAAAAGAAAAUUAUUGUUA